GGUUGACUUGGCCGCUAGAGGGCGCUGCGAAACUACCGGAUGGAUUCCAAAUGGCUUGGCCCACCUUAUGUAAACGCACUGCAUCUUGUAUAAUGGUUAUAAUGGCUUCUACACCCUAUGUAGUGCACCUAUAAGUCAAGUAGGGGGUAUUUGGGAUUUAACCGUGGAGUUAAUCAGCAUAUGAUUAAAUAGUUGCACCCCACCACAGCUUUACCUCAUCACACAGUCUGAAGAGAGAGAAAGAGAAAAACCCAGCCCAGUUCCAGCACUGCAGACAUGGCUACUACAGCAGAGUCAUUGUGGGAGGACCAGAGUGCCUUUGAUUAUGAUUAUGAGACGCUGCGAACCACCGGGGUUAUUCUCGCUGUGGUAAUGUUUGUAUCUGGAAUCCUCAUAGCCCUGAUUCAAGUCCUGUGGAACAGCCUCAACCCCCCAAAACAGAAGUACCUGCUCAGUCAGUAUAGAGACUGCAAUCUAUGCCCAAGGAUGCUCCUAAGAAUGUGAGGAGAGCUGCAUGGGAUCAGUC